AAUAGCUGAUCGUGUCGUUUGCUGAAGUCUGUUGAUGUAAUCGAAUCAAAAAGAGAAUAUAGAUUAUAAUAAUUCAUUGAAUUCCAUGAAAUUAGGCUUUAAAAUAAAUGAAGUAGUGUUUGAGUGCUCCCUGGUGGUUAAAAUAUUGCAGAGGUUUGGUAUUUUGUCCCUGCGCGCCCGCCGUAGUUCAUCAGAAAACGAGGGAAAAUACAAAGGAUCUGCUCCUCCUUCAGUGAAGCUCCUCCCACAACAGUCACACCUUCAGUGAAGCUCCUCCCACAACAAUCACUCCUUCAGUGAAGCUCCUCCCACAACAAUCACAUCAUCAGUGAAGCUCCUCCCACUGCAGUUCAGCAAUAAAUGCUGGAAUAUUCCCAUCAGUCUACAAGUGAAGACGAGCAUCAGAGCAUCAGGAAGAAGUGAAAUCUGCAGAGACAGAGUUCAUUGAAGGACAGAGAGAACAUGAGCGAUCCAGAACCCUGCAGAAUGAAACACACUGAAGAACAAACAGGCCUAAUGGAGGAGAAACAACAGCAUGUCAAAACUGGAGAAAAAACUCUCUCACAGACUAAAAGUAUUUCUUUACUGAAAAGAAGAGACAAGAAAAGGUUCACCUGCACUCAGUGUGGGAAGAGUCUGACAUGCAAAGAUAGUCUCAAUAGACACAUGAGGAUCCACACUGGAGAGAAACCGUUCACAUGUGAUCAGUGCGGGAAGAGUUUCACACAAACAGGGAACCUUAAGGUACACAUGAAGAUCCACACUGGAGAGAAACUGCAUGAAUGUAAUCAAUGUGGAAAAACAUUGUCACGGGCUUCAAGCCUGAAGACUUACCUGAAAGUUCAUUCAAAGGAGAAACCACAUUCAUGUUCUGUUUGUGGAAAGAGUUUUUCACACCUGCACAGUUUAAAACUACAUCAGAAGAUACACACCGGUGUGAGAGAUUAUAUGUGCUUUGAGUGUGAGAAGACUUUUAUUACAGCUAAAGAAUUGAAACAGCACCAGAGGAUCCACACUGGAGAGAAACCUUACAAGUGUUCACACUGCGACAAGAGAUUCAGUCAUUCAGGAACCCUGAAAUCACAUGAGAGGAUCCACACUGGAGAGAAACCUUACAUGUGUUCACACUGCGACAAGAGAUUCAGUCAUUCAGGAACCCUGAAAUCACAUGAGAGGAUUCACACUGGAGAGAAACCGUAUCACUGCACUGCAUUCGUCUAAUCUACAGAGACAUAAAAUAAACAACCACAUUAAGUAGUUUAUCUUCAGGUCCACUGCUUUCAAUGCUACACCGCAUCUCUUCCAUAUUAAUCUGUCAUAAGAAACAUCAUCUAAAUUAAUCACUGAAUAAAGUUCAUCUUCAAGACCAGCAGAUAUCUGUGAGAUUCAGAUCAACUCAAAGAUGGAAUUUCUCCCCAAAGAACAAUAUCUAAAGUUUUAUUAUUGUAUACAACUUUGCUUUAUGAUAUAAAUUAUAUUAUUAUGCUUUAUUACGAGUUUAAUUUUGUUCUUCUAAUGCAUAUUUGUAAAAGGUUUUUACAGGUUCAAAAUGAAAAGCUGAAAAAGAGGCGGAUUUAUUUUUAAUUUCAUCUUCACUGUUGUUUUUAAAACAAUUAGUUAUUCUUCCGCUUAGGGUGUGUUUUACAAAAUGCAGGUGUAAGAUAUUCUGUCAUGUAGGUUUGCAUCUUCACUUCUGUUUACUUGAGAUGCUUUAUGUCUUGUUAGUCAAUAAAGAGAGAUCUGUCUUUUACUUUAUAUUUGCUUCAAGUAGUCUAUUAAACUUUUAUUGCCCAUUUUUGUUGUUUGCUGAUUUUUGUUGCGUCAUGAAUAAUUUCUUUUUUGAAUAAAUUUUACUGUUAUGUCCCAGUGAGUGCUGGGCCUGUGUUUUUCUUGUUUUGUUUUGGUUUACAGGUGUUCUGGUGAUUGUGGGUGUGUCUUUCCACCUGAGGCUCAUUAUGCAGAGCUAUAAAGACUGCAGCGCUGAUGAGGAUGAGGAUGAGGAUGAGGACGGGAGGGACGAUGUGACCACGCUAGCUGGGCUUGCCGAUUGAUCUUUUGUUUUGUUUAUUUUGUUCGCAUCCAGUUCAGACCUUGAUUUUACAGUCCACUGUCAUGCACUCUUCAGCACUGACUUACAUUAACACUGACU